CAAUCCAAUAAACCAUUUCGCCAUGGGAGAAGAACCUGAGCAUUGUAUGUUUGGUUGACUAUAGUACGAGUAGUGAAUAAGUUUUGUUGAAUAAAUUUAUCAGCUGAUGCUGAAACAUGGCCCAAAAUAAUAUUAAAGUACUGCUCGGUUUUGAAGACGAACUCAUUACUGAGAAAUAUAAAAACCAAGUUAACUUCACCACCAAUAAAAUUGGAGGAAAACCUGAUUUACCAAGCAAUAUCAAGCUUGAGCCGCCAAUCUGUCCCCUGUGCCAACUACCAAGGCCUUUGGUAGUCCAGGUCUAUGCACCUCUGGAGUCCUCCCCAUACCACCGAACUUUAUACCUAUUCGCUUGCAUAAAUCCAAAUUGUUGGAAUCAAAGCGAAAGCUGGAUUUGUAUUCGGGUCCAGUCGCAGGAAAAACUAAUUGAACAUGAAGAACCAUCAGCUGCUGUAACUUCCAAAACUAGUGUAACUGACUGGUGUGCAGAUGCUGAUGAUUGGGAUGAUAACAACGCCAACAUGAACGAAGAAAACGGCAAUUUAAUAAAUAACAUUGAACGAGUUUCGGACGAAGAUGACGAAAGUUGCAGUUUUGAAGAGUCAGUGAGGACGGGACUUGGGAAUUUAACAGUGGACGAUAGAAAUGCAAAUAAUGGAGCGUUUGGUGGUGCCGUAGGCCGGCUGCACUCGCCCUCGGCCACCGCGGAAAUCGAGGGCGACGAAGGCGAAGUUGUGACCAUCGAUAGCCCCGUUAUGCCCCAACAAGACAUCGUUGCCCUUCUGCAGGAAGCCACCCCUUUACCGCAGUUGCACGGGGACCCCCGCAAAUCCUCCCUUUUUCAAUUCAUUUCAUCGUUCAUGGGCGUGUGGGAGGAAACCGCUGGUGCGUCCACCAUCAGCGAUAGACACGUUAAAGAACUGUUACAAGAAUAUCAACAGAAAAACGAAGACGAUAUGAAUUUAGUGAGUCCUGACACUGGAGGGGCGUCCGCACAAAUCGCCGAUAACGUGUACGAAAAGUACGAAAAAAGCAAUCCAGCUCAUGGCGAUAAAAUGUUUCACCACUUUCUCUCAAAGAUUCAGAUGAAUCCUAGUCAGAUUUUGAGGUAUAAUAGGGACAGCGCCCCACUGCUCUUGUACCCUUUACAAGGGCUUCAAACGACGUGCAAUUACUGUAAAGGCGAUUUAGUUUUCGAAUUUCAAGUUUUGCCAACGAUUAUUCCAAAGCUGAAAUUGGUGGGCGAUGCCAAACAUUGUUCAAGACUGGAGUUCGGGACUGUUUUAGUAUUUACAUGUCGCAAGAGUUGCUGGUCAACCGAUACGAAUACGAGACAUGAGACUGUCAUUGUACAAUCAGAAGUUUACUGAAUAUUAUGCAAUAUCGCGGCGAAAAAAUUCCACCAUUGCUUGCCACUCUUUGUUUGUUGUAAUUUCGUGUUUAUUACAUCACAAAGCGAUUAGGGCGGGUCAUACUUUUCUUCCAAAAAUAGAGAAUGUAACGUAAUUAUUGUAGUCUCAGGAAUUGUGCAAUUCGCAAGUUUUUUGCCUUCAUAAAAAUAUUACAGUUGGUGUUACGGUAAUUUUAUGCUCUUUAACGUAGGCGCUCCGAAACUAUUUUCUGAGUUUUUGCAACUUAUUAUCGCUCAGAUGGUGGAGUCAAUCAAUCAUUUUCCAUCAUUUAUUCAUAAAAUAAAUACAAUAAAUUAGUUUCCUGUUGGUUAAAAAACGAACGCUCAGUACGUCCACAACGUUCUAUAAAAAAUUAAGUAUACAACAAAUCAUUAAGUACGUAUUUCCUGCACUAGAACAAUAUCAUAAUACGUUAUCGUGACUUUUUUAUGACUAUCGUAGAAACUGAAACAUUUUCUAGUACCUACCUAAAUAAAAUUAAUUUGUUCGCAUACAUUUAAGUGAUAUAACCACAAUAAAGCGUUAUUUACAA